AUGGGUAAACCAGGAUUUUCACCAGGUGGUAGAGGAGGAGGAGGAGGAGGAGGGCGUGGAGGUGGUCGCGGUGGUGGUCGUGGUGGUGGUCGUGGAGGUAGACCAAGCUUUGGUGAAGGUCGAGGAGGUGGUGGUCCACGAAGAGGUAGUGGUCCUCCAGGCCGUGGAGGCCGAGGGGGUGGUCGAGGAGGAAGGGGAGGAGGAGGAGGCUUUAAAGGUGGAAAGACUGUGGUGAUAGAACCGCAUCGUCAUGAGGGAGUAUUCAUUGCUCGAGGAAAGGAAGAUGCAUUAGUGACCUUGAGCUUGGUACCUGGAACAGCGGUGUAUGGAGAGAAAAGAAUUACCAUUGAGACCGAGAACGAGAAUGGUGAGAAGGGUGAGAAGACUGAAUAUAGAGUAUGGAAUCCAUUUCGAUCGAAAUUAGCCGCCGCCAUUCUUGGAGGUAUCGAUAAAAUUUACAUGGGUCCUGGAAGUAAAGUAUUGUAUCUAGGUGCGGCUUCUGGCACUACUGUGUCCCAUGUCGCCGAUAUAGUUGGUGAAAAUGGAACUGUCUUUGCUGUGGAAUUCUCUCGUCGAACAGGGAGAGAUUUAAUUGACGUUGCUAAAAAAAGGAGCAACAUCAUACCUAUAGUUGAAGACGCGAGACAUCCUCAUAAGUAUAGAAUGCUUGUGGGAAUGGUUGACGCUAUAUUUUCGGACGUCGCCCAACCAGAUCAGGCUAGAAUUGUCGCAUUAAAUGCACAGAAUUUUCUUAAAACCGGGGGACACUUUGUCAUCUCUAUUAAGGCAAGCUGUAUAGAUUCUCUCGCUCAACCUGAAGCGGUAUUCGCAGCGGAAGUGAAAAAACUGAGUGAGGACCAUUUAAAACCAUCGGAACAAAUUACGCUCGAACCAUAUGAGAGAGAUCACGCCGUUGUAGUCGGCACUUAUAGGCCGCCACCAAAAAAGGCUGUUUAAUGUAUAUAGUUACGUGUAUAAGAUUUUUUAUUGAAAAUAACAAAGGUUAUUGUCUUUUCACUUUCUUGUUUAUAAUAAAAUUUAGAGCUGUGUUUAAAAUUUACUAUCAGUACUGAAAAUCUAUAAUUCAUGUAACGUAUACUAUAGAUUUUCAGUAUUUGCAGUGAAUUUCGGAACGCAGUCUACAUAUUAUUCGAAACUUUACCCUUCGAAAA